UCAUCUGUUCGCUAUCUUAUUCACGCACUCUACUCCGUAUCGUGGACAUGCCGCUUCACGAUUCUGAGAGCACCUGUUGAGUUUUGCGCAUGAAGAGUUCCGGGUUGCACUUGGGCGAUCCUUCAUCUAGGGCCGCCUCUCGCAAAACUUCCCAGCGCCAAGCAGCGUCGUUAACGCCCAUGCAAGCGGACUUUUGUACAUCACCCGCUUGACCUUCCCAGGGGCCCUGAGUACCCAGCCUCUCACGCUGCAUCCUGAAUUUUCCAGCGAUUCAGACAACGAUUUCAACAACUGCACAGGGUUAUUCAGCACAAGGCUGUGCUCGAUCAUCAACGGUUUGGCAGCAAUAUUGCACUGCCCCAACCAUGGCCGAGUCUGUCGAGCCGAACCCAAUCGUCUUCUUUGACAUCACGUUAGGAGGGGAGCCGCUCGGGAGAAUCAAGAUGGAGGUGUUCAAGGAUAUAGUUCCAAAGACAGCCGAGAAUUUUCGUCAGUUCUGUACCGGUGAGACCAAGUUUCAAGGGCGGCCGCAGGGUUAUAAAGGUUGCAAGUUCCACCGUGUGAUCAAGGGUUUCAUGAUCCAGGGUGGAGAUUUCGUCAACGGAGAUGGGACUGGGACGAGGACCAUCUAUGGCGUAGACAAGUUUGCAGAUGAAAAUUUCAGCCUCAAAGUCGACAAACCUGGACUGCUGGCAAUGGCAAAUAGCGGUCCUAAUACUAAUGGCUGCCAAUUUUUCAUUACCACUAAUCCCUCAGGCACUCCCCACCUGAACAACAAGCACGUUGUCUUUGGUAAGGUCGUCGAAGGCAUGGACGUCGUCACGAAGAUUGAGAACACCCGUGUCAUUUCAGAGAAGCCGUCGCAGGAUGUUACAAUCUCACAAUGCGGUGAGAUGUGAGCGCGUGGCAGAAAUGGGCUCCUUCGCACCACCGAGAGAGACAUUCCACGGUUGAUACGGAUCUGUGCAACCACACAGACUCAGAGGCAAGGAUGCUUGGGAUAGUGCCUGCUGAGGAAAGCUCUGUCUGGGAAACUCUAAGAUCCUGGCUUCAGAUCACCUUGUAUGCAAGGGAGAGACUUACGACGGGGAUAAAUCUAUGUAGCAUCAAAGGAUGAAUGAUGGGUACGUAGGGAGGAGUACUAAGACUAGUUAAACGUUUUAGGAAUAUGAAAUACUUGACUCG